UUAAGUUGCAUUAGAAUGAACCAGGCACGAAGAUAUGAUUCCAGGACGACAAUUUUCUCGCCAGAAGGGCGUCUGUACCAGGUUGAAUAUGCUAUGGAGGCAAUCGGUCAUGCAGGAACUUGUCUAGGUAUAUUGGCCAAAGAUGGAGUUUUGUUGGCAGCCGAGAAACGGAACACAAAUAAACUGCUUGAUGAAUCGGCUAACUCAGAAAAGAUUUAUAAGUUACAUGAAGACAUGGCUUGCAGUGUAGCAGGUAUUACCGCCGAUGCCAAUGUUCUCACAAAUCAACUCCGGUUAAUAGCACAGAGAUAUCUCAUACAGUAUCAAGAAGCAAUUCCCUGUGAACAAGUGGUUAGCACGUUGUGUGAUAUCAAACAGGCCUAUACUCAGUUUGGAGGAAAGAGACCGUUUGGUGUUUCACUGUUGUACAUAGGCUGGGAUAAACACUAUGGCUUCCAGCUGUACCAGAGUGAUCCGAGUGGUAACUACGGAGGUUGGAAGGCCACCUGCAUUGGUAACAACAGUGCUAAUGCCGUGUCAAUGCUGAAGCAAGAAUACAAAGAAGGGGAGACCAAUCUGAAACAGGCUCUGGAACUGGCAAUCAAGGUUCUGAGCAAGACUCUGGACAUGACGAAACUAACUCCAGAGAAAGUGGAGAUUGCCACUCUGACUAGGAAGAAUGGAAAGACUCUGAUUCACAUAUUGCCCAACUCGAAGGUGGAGGCCAUGAUUAAAGCGUACGAAGCAGAGGAAGCCAAGUUGGCCGCGGAGAAGAAGAAAGAGUCGGAGAAGAAGAAAGGAACAUCGUCGAAAUGAAAAAUCUUCUUGUUAGUUUCGUCAGUUAAAUGCCAUCCAUCACGACCGUGUUGUUUACAAGCCGACAGAACUACAGCAGAUCUGAAGAGAAGAACAUGGACCAGUUCCUCCAACAUUAUUCACAAAUAAAGACGUUUCAUUGGACCGUGCGAUACUUUGUUGUCAUGGAAACAGACUCUGUGUUAUUUGUUAUGGCCACCAUCAUUUACAUUGUCAUCAUCUAUAUUAUUUAAAUAAAAAUAAACAUGUUUUGCGUGA